AUGCGUCAAGCUCAGUCUGCUUCUCUCCUCGCGGCCCUUCUGUCGGCCACCCAGGUCGCUGCCCACGGUCACGUCACUAACCUCGUCGUCGACGGUGUCUACUACGAGGGCUUCGACAUCAGCGUCUUCCCUUACGAGUCCGACCCCCCGAAGGUCGCCGCCUGGACGACCCCCAACACCGGUAACGGCUUCAUCUCGCCCGACGAGUACCGCAACCCCAACAUCAUCUGUCACGAGAACGCCACCAACGCCCAGGCCCACGUUGUCGUCGGUGCCGGUGAGAAGAUCAACAUCCAGUGGACUGCCUGGCCCGACUCCCACCACGGUCCCGUCCUGGACUACCUGGCUCGUUGUGACGGCAGCUGCGAGACCGUCGACAAAACCGACCUGGAGUUCUUCAAGAUCGACGGCGUCGGUCUCGUCAGCGACACCGAGGUCCCCGGUACCUGGGGUACCGACCAGCUGAUCAACAACAACAACAGCUGGAUGGUCGAGAUCCCUCCCUCCAUUGCCGCUGGUAACUACGUCCUCCGUCACGAGCUCAUCGCUCUCCACGGCGCUGAGGAGCAGGACGGCGCCCAGAACUACCCCCAGUGCUUCAACCUCCAGGUCACCGGUACCGGUACCGCCACUCCCUCCGGUGUCAAGGGUACCGAGCUCUACACUGCCACUGAGGGCGGUAUCCUCGUCAACAUCUACUCCUCCCUGAGCACUUACACUAUGCCCGGCCCUACUGCCUACAGCGGCGAUGUCUCCAUCACUCAGACUACUUCCGCUGUCACUUCCACCGGCACCGCCGUGGUUGGCAGUGCUAGCGCCGUCGCUUCCGCUUCCUCGACCGCUGCCGCCGCUACCAGCGCUGCUGCCGUGACCAGCUCGACUAUCACCCCUGCUCCGGCUGUUAGCUCUGCUGCCUCCGGUAGCUCCGGUAGUCAGUCUCUGUACGGCCAGUGCGGUGGUAUCAACUGGACUGGUGCUACUCAGUGCGCGAGCGGAUCUAGCUGCCACUCGUACAACCCUUACUACUACCAGUGCAUUGCUAGUGCUUAA